AUGAGGCCAGCGUAUCUCCUCGCGGCCCUCGCGCCGGUCGUUCUCGCCGGCCAAGCACAACCCCGCGACUACUCUCCGGACCUUGACCUGCACCUGGCGCGUGCCCCCGUCGAUUUAAUAUCGGAACACAUUGUCGCGCGUGAAUCAUUCCCGGGUGUUGAAUCCGAGGACAAUAGGUCGACACAGCACGCGGCGCGACAUGUUCUGCAAGCGCGCAGUGAGGGUUCGUUAGGCCAGACUCCGUGGAUCGGAAUGGCGAUCGGACUUACCUGUACUGCUUUGGCGGCGGUGAUGCUGGGUUAG